AUGGCGAGGACUUGUCUGCUGCAUAGCCACAUGUACAUCACGGGUACAGUUCGAGAGGACUUUGGCAUUUAUGUGGAUGUGCUGGAGGAGUUCGAUUUCGAGUUGGCCUAUAUGUCCAUGAGGUACAUGGACUUCAAGGUGCGGUUUGAUGAGUUGAUGACAAAUGUGACCCAAUCUAUUUCUUCGGCUUCGGACCCUUCGGACGAAGAUGGGCCAUGA